CUCCUCCUCCUCCUCCCCCCCUCAACCUCGUGCCUCGAAGAUUGAGAACAAUUCCAAAAAGAAAUAUUAAACUAUAAGAGGUUCUUUGUACAGUUAGUGGCACUGCAUGUGCUGUGGAAUCACUCAGUUAUAGCUUUAUAUUUUAAAUUUCUAAUCAUCCACCGGCCAUCUAUUAUACUCCCUCUCCUUCCUUAUAUUAUCACUGUCUUCUCCAUAUUUGCCAUCCCUCUUCAUCGAUCUCUUGUGUCUCUUGAGGCCUUUCCUUCUCAAAUCUGAAUUGUAGUUUCAUAUCUCAGUGAUAAUGGGUGAGGAAGCUAAACAGGAACAACCCAAAGUAGAGGACAAAGCAGAGGAAAAGAGAGAAGAGAAGCAAGAAGAGAAAACAGAGGAGAAGAAAGAAGAGAAGCAAGAAGAGAAAGCAAAAGAGAAGAAGGAAGAGCCCAAACCACCAUCACCUUGCGUGCUGUUUGUGGACCUGCAUUGUAUGGGAUGUGCCAAGAAAAUUCAGAAGUCGAUUAUGAAAAUGAGAGGGGUUGAGGAAGUGGUCAUUGAUAUGGCUAAAAAUGAAGUGACCAUAAAGGGAAUAGUGGAGCCUCAAGCAAUCUGCAACAGAAUUACCAAGAAAUUAAAGAGAAGAGCCAAAAUCAUAUCUCCACUGCCUGAAGCAGAAGGAGAACCUGUACCAGAGGUUGUAACUUCUCAGGUUGGUGAGCCUGUAACUGUGGAACUUAAUGUGAACAUGCACUGUGAGGCCUGUGCCGAGCAACUGAAGAAAAAGAUACUCAAAAUGAGAGGAGUGCAAAGGGCAGAGACACAGCUGAGCACAGGGAAGGUGACAGUGACAGGGACGAUGGAUGCGAACAAGCUAGUGGAUUAUGUAUACAGGAGCACUAGAAAACAGGCAAAAAUAGUCCCACAAGCAGAACCAGAACCAGAAAAAGAAAGAAGAGAAGAGGUCAAGCCAGAAGAGAAACAAGAGGAGGAGAAACCAGCAGACGGAGGUGAUGGAAGUGGUGAAAAUAAGAGUGAGAAUAAUAAAGAGGAAAAGGGCGGGGAAGAAGAAGGAAAACAAAUAGAGGUGACCGAGAUGGAAGACGAAGGGAUGAAGAAGAUGAUGUACUAUCCUUUCCAACCACUCUAUGUUGUUGAACGAAUCCCACCUCCUCAGCUUAGUGAUGAAAACCCAAAUGCAUGUUGCAUCUCGUAAAUGCGAAGAGAGGGAAACAGUUUCGAACUUGAUUGCAAGUACCGAGUUCCACCAAUGAGGGAUUUUUAUAGCUGGGUUGGUGGACAUGUGUAUCAAAAUAGGAUCACAUAUUCAUAAGUUCAUCAAUAAUAUAUCGUUGAGCUUUCUG